GCCUGAGCGUAACCGCGGGUCCGGGCCACCCUCGGUUCCCUUCCCUCGGUACCCCCAGAACAGGUCCCCGAAGCCCUGGUGUCCCCGCUGCUCCCCAGGCAGCAGGCCCAAACGCAUUGCUCUCCCCUUGUUCCUCUGUGUUCUCUCCACCCCUUCAAACUGCGCCCGCCCCCAGCAGUGCCCGAGUCAACAAAAGCUCUGAGAUCCUCUCUGGUCACCGCUCGUGGAGUUGUGGGAGUUGUGGGCUCCCCUUCUUAUCCCAUCAGUGCGCGCCCAUCAAUUCUGCUCCUGCUCUGCACUCCCCGGCGCAGAAUCCACCCCAGCUCAGCUAUCCCGAGCCCUCCAGCUGCCCUUUCCUCCUUCCGGGGGUGCCCUCUGUGCUCCCGGGGUGCCCCUGCCUGCCGAGGGUGCCCCUGUCUGCCCGCAGAGCCCCUCGUGCCAUGGGGGAGCCGCGCUACCUGCAGGCCGAAUGCGCUUUCCGGCCCGGGGCACACACGGUGCGGGUGACCCUGACCCGCACCACGUUGCGGGUGGAGGUGGAGGCUCACGGCACCGCCGACCUGUGGAGAGGCGAGUUCGAUGCCGCCUUCAUCGAGGACCUGACCCGCAAAACGGGGAAUUUCAAGCAGUUUGGCAUUUUCUGCAGCAUGCUGGAGUCGGCACUGACACAGAGUAGCGACUCGGUCAGCCUGGAGCUCCUCACCUACACCGACUUGGAGACCCUGCAUAGCCGCAAAGUGGGGGCAGUCACCCGGCCUCCCCCUUCCACCUCUUCCCCCCUCAACACCAAGCGCUACCUCAUCCUCGUCUACUCUGUGGAGUUCGAUAGGAUCCAUUACCCGCUGCCACUGCCCUACGCGGGGCGGCCGGACCUUGUGGCGCUGGUGCGGGAGCUGCAGGAGCAGCUGGCGCAGCUCCGGGCCCGGCGCCUGGAGGAGACACAACACUUACGGGACGCGCUGUGGCAGGCACUGGAGGAGAAGCGGGCAGCAGAGGCCCGGCACCGGCGCGAGUACCGGCAGCUGGCUGCAGAGCUGGCCCAGGCAAAGUCAUUGGAGCAGAGGCUGCAGCAGCGGGUGAAGAAUCUGACAGCUGAACUGGCCUCCUACAGGAGGGGCCGCCAGAAAUCUGCCAGCCCAGCCCCACGCCCCCAGAAGCAACGCUCAGCAUCCCUGGAGAGCCACAGGAGCAGCCGGGGCCGCCCCUCACCAAAGUCCCAGUCACCCGCAGGCUCUCGCCAACCACGCUUCGACCCCACUGCCUUUGUCAGGGCCCGUCAGUGGCGGCAGAAGGAAGCUGAGCUCAGAAACCAGCGGCGUGGAGUGGCUUCUGGCAGCACCAGCCCGGCGAGGAGCCACAGGCGCAGCUCGUCUGCCGAAAGCUCCCGGAGCUGGCGCUUGGGAGGGAGCUCUGGCAGCAAAGCCAGUGAGCGCCCCGAGCCUGUGCCCUGCAGGGGCAGGAGAGUGACCCGUUCACGGAGACCCCUGAGCACCUCGUCCUGCAAUGGCCCUUGUAUGGUGCCUCGCCCCGCUGCCAGCGACAAGCUGCCAGUGUGCAGGACUGGUGGCAAGCGCCCUGGUAAAGAGAACCGCUCCAAGGAGCCCUCAGCUGAGCUGGCUGAGAUCGAUGCCCGGCUGCAGGCUCUGCAGGAGUACAUGGACAGCCUGAGCACCCAUAUGUAACCCCCUCCAGGGACACACACCCUCUCCCCGUGUCCUCAGGGGGUGACACUGGUGCUGUGGUGCAAGUAUCCCCCAAAUAAACCCUUGUGUGCCCCCA